AUGAAGGAAGAGGAAGAAGACACCAUUAAUCCUGCCAUCUCCGAGAUACAGCAGCAGCUUCACUCCCUCUUGGACUCCAUCUCCCGCGUCCAAAUCCUCAAUGGCAAAUGGUCGCUCAUAACCACCAAGCUCACAUCUUUACACAACCGCCUCUCUGACCUCUCCACCACCGCCUCCAACAACAACAACCCCCUCUCCUCAAACCUCCUCCGCACCAUCUCCGCCACACGUUUCGCCCUCCGCCAGGAGAGCUCCGUCCUAGAAUUGCUGAUGAGCCGGCUGCAGAUCGGGUCCACCCAGUCGAAGAGCUCUGUCCUAGAAUCGCUGAUUGGUUUGUUACAGGAAGACCCUAAGAAUUUGCUGAUUGCGGUGGCGCAGGGGAUUAUUCUGGUGCUCGUGAGCCUUCUCGAUUGUAGCAGUUCCUCCGAAUUGAAGGAGAAAUCAGUGAGCGCAAUCGCCAAAAUCUCGACUGAGGAUUCGAGCAAGCACGAUUUGCUGGCUGAGGGUUUGCCGGAGGUGCCAGCGGCCUCGCCGGAGGCUUGGAAAAGGGUGGAGGUGGUGGUGGAGCCCUUGGUGAUUUGGUGGAGUUUUUUGGAGCCGAAGUAG